AUGCAAGCAUUGCUACCGGUGAAUCUAUGCUCCCAAGCCGUAACGAUAGCCCUUCCGAUUCACCGUAACACCGUCGAGAUGCCUCCCCAGAUCAUCAAGUCCGUGGUUCCCCUCCACGUUGGGCAAUUCAUGUUUGUCCGUAUCGAGACAGACCAAGGCAUCGUCGGAUAUGGCGAAGCAGGAAUCUGGGGCCACAUCACGGCCGCGGGAACAGCGAUCGAGAGGUUCGCCGAGUACCUCGUCGGCAAGGAUGCGUUUCCCAUCGAGCACCACUGGAACACCAUGCAUCGCUUCAGCUACUUCCAGGGUCUGGCCAUCAACGCUGCCAUCUCGGCCAUCGACAUCGCCUUGUGGGACAUUAAGGCCCGCGCCUUAGGGGUGCCAAUCUACGAGCUUCUCGGAGGCGCGUGCCGCACAAAGGCGCGGGUUUAUUGCCACAUCUACGAGAAGUCGAUUGAAAAGGUGCUCGAGGAGUGUAAGAAGAAGAAGGAGGCUGGCUUCACGGCCUUUGGCCAUAUCAACCCGUUCCUCGACGAGGGCAACGACCAGGUCUACUUUAAGCCGCACGCCAGGAAGAUGAACGAGGCGAUCGCCAACGUCGAGAAGAUGCGCGCCGUGGUCGGCGACGACGUUGAUCUGCUGGUUGAGCUGCAUCGCAGGCUCACGCCUGCCGAGGCUAUUACCUUCUCUAACGCUAUUGAGCACCUCCGGCCGCUCUUCGUCGAGGACCCCAUCCGGCCUGAGAACCCGGACGCCAUGGCCCGCGUCGCGGAUCGGAUCUCGGUCCCGAUCGCGACCGGAGAGAGGUUCGGCACCAUAUACGAGUUCCAGGCGUUGCUGGCGCGCAACGCCGUUGAGUAUGUGCGCGUCGACCUUGCAUUGUGCGGCGGCAUCACCGGCGCAAAAAAGGUUGCGGCCAUUGCAGAGGCGCACCAGGCCCAGGUUGUUCCGCAUAACCCUCUCUCCCCGAUCGGGCUCGCCGCGUGUCUGCAGCUCGUCGCGUCGAUCCCCAACUUCACGGUGCAGGAGUACGCCACGGGCUUCGAGUCCGGCGUGUUUCAUUCUACGAAUAAGCAUCUAGGCCAUGAUAUCGUGGACCAUGUCCCCGAGGUGCACGAAGGCUUCGUCGAUAUCCCUUCUGGCCCGGGGCUUGGCAUCAAGUUGCUUGAUAAUGCGGCGGAGGUCAGGCCGGCUCUGGUGCAACCCAUCGCCAUGAGGCUUCACAAGGAUGGGUUCGUUGUGGACCAGUAA